AUGAAUUUCACUUUAAUUUUGCUGAUUGCCUGUGCUACUUGCAUCCUGGCCGCACCUGCACCCGCACCCGUGGCCGAAGAGCAGCAGCAGCAAGGUGCAGAGGAGGGCUCUGUGAAGGCCAAGCGUGGCCUGUCGCUCGGUCUGGGCUACCACGCCCCAUUGGUGACAUCCUCGCACUACGUUGCCGCACCGACUAUAGUACACCACGCACCAUUAAUUUCGCAUGCACCGCUCAUUUCGCAUGCACCACUCAUCUCGCAUGCACCGCUCAUCGCGCAUCAUCCGGUGUCGUAUCACCUGCCCAGCUACCAUUCCAUCCACUCCCUCCACUCCUACCAUCACUUCUAA